UCAAUAAGAAGAUCUCACAGGGAGUCCUCAUCAGUCCUCAAUAACCUACUGGCCACCUCUGUUAUCCCAAAUCACAGGUGAAACCAAAAGUCACGUGGUUAUCGGCACUUGAAUGAUCAUGCGAUUCUACAGGUCUCUGACUGCUUGCUAUCUCGUGCUGUGGAUAGCCUGCUUUUGCACGGCAGUUCAGCCUCAUCCCUUUGUUUAUCACGAUCUAGAUGAGGAAUUUAAUCCAAGCAUAAUACCCUUCUUUGGCGAUAACCGUAUUGAAGAACACAUGAUAGCUCUCAAUCAGGUCCGGAACAGAAUGAAGCACGAACGUAAGAGAACAGCUGCUAUGGGAGUGGAUCUACCUGAUUACAUCCUUCACUAUAAGGGCAGAUGGCCUAACCUAUCGUCCUUCAGAGACCGGAUGCUGAAAAGCGGGAGAAGAUGAAAUCAUCAAUCUAAAAUGAUAUCUUUGUCCUUUCUGUGACACGAAGUUACACAACUGUUUCUCUAAAUUUCUCUUUAGAAUAGAAAACGUUCAUACCUGUGUACAUUUAUUUAACAUGUACACACUUUAAAUAAAUCUAA